CCUUGAGUCUUCCUGCAGACUGCAGAGUGCAGGAGCUCCACAAGGUGGCAGUAGUUUUAGAUUGGCACUCUUAAUCGUUUGAUUUAGCCCAUUGCUGGAGCCACAACAAGAGAGUCCCCCACUGUUACGCGUUGAAUACAUUUUCGUGUCAUUCCACGCAAGAAACUUUUCACCAUGUUCUCCUUCAAUAUGUUCGACCACCCGAUUCCACGGGCUUUCCAGAACCGGUUCUCCACGCAGUACCGCUGCUACUCCGUGUCCAUGCUGGCGGGGCCCAAUGACCGGUCUGAUGUGGAGAAGGGAGGAAAAAUUAUCAUGCCCCCUUCCGCACUUGACCAGCUCAGCCGUCUUAACAUCACAUAUCCGAUGUUGUUCAAGCUGACCAAUAAGAACUCGGACCGCAUGACUCACUGCGGUGUGUUGGAGUUUGUUGCAGAUGAAGGGAUCUGUUACCUCCCUCACUGGAUGAUGCAGAACCUGUUACUGGAGGAAGGAGGGUUGGUGCAGGUGGAGAGUGUUAACCUCAUGGUCGCCACAUACUCCAAAUUCCAGCCGCAGAGCCCAGAUUUCCUGGACAUCACCAACCCCAAAGCAGUAUUGGAAAAUGCAUUAAGAAACUUUGCCUGCCUGACCACGGGGGACGUUAUUGCAAUAAACUACAAUGAAAAGAUCUAUGAGCUGCGGGUUAUGGAGACCAAGCCAGACAAAGCAGUAUCCAUUAUCGAGUGUGAUAUGAAUGUGGAUUUUGACGCACCGCUGGGUUAUAAGGAGCCUGAGAGGCGGACACAGCACUCUGAGGAGCUCACAGAGGAAGAGGGUGACUCCAGCACGUAUGCCGAGAUGGACAUGGGAUUCCGUGCCUUCACUGGCUCAGGAAAUCGUCUGGACGGGAAGAAGAAGGGCAUCGAGCCCAGCCCGGCUCCCAUCGACCCCAGUGACAUCAGGAGGGGGAUUCCCAACUAUGAGUACAAGACCGGUCGGAUCACCUUCAUCCGGAACUCUCGACCUCUGCCCAAGAAAAUUGAUGAUGAGGAGGCCGCGAACCGCUUCAUUGCCUUCUCCGGGGAAGGACAGUCUCUACGCAAGAAAGGAAGAAAACCGUAGAGGAGCAACAGGCACCUGCACAGACUGGCCAGCUGCAUGGAUGAACACAGACUCCUGUUAUCUCACAACCCUGUUGAGACAAAAUACAUUUUAUUUCUCACGUAACAGGGAUUCCUUUUCAUGUUUUUGUUAAUAUAACUUCACAUCUCUGAGAAUACGAGUGCAUUGGUCAGACAGUCUUGAUGGGUCAGGAUGAUCUUUCACUUGCGGUAGUAAUCGGUUGAGAAAAGCUGUGUCCUUGAAGUGAAACAGACUUUUUUGGGUGUAAUUUAUCAAGUUUAUAUUCCAGAUCACCGAAUGCUGAAAACAAGAGGAGGAAAUUUACAAUUUGUUUAUUUAUGUACACAAUACAAUAAAUGAGUGUUUUGAAUAAAACUGGAUGAGACACUGUAAA